GAAGAAAAUAUAAAAUGGCGCGAUGCUGUAAGGACAGCUGUUAUUCAUCUAGAAGAGAAAACAGAAAUAAUUUUAUUUAAACCAAGUGAUUUUACAUGAUUUUGUGUAUAAAAAUUUUGUUAUCGAAAGAUUUAACAAUAAAUAAUAUCUUAUGAAAAAUAAAAAUAAAAAGUUAAAAAUAUAAUAAUCAUUUAACUUAAAUGAUAAAACAAUUUAUACAACGAUGACAAUGGUAGUAGAUAUACAAUAAUUUGGUGGAGGUGGUUGUGCGAACAUCGGAGAAAAAGACUUAAAGAAAUUUUUUAUGAGAAUAGUGAUUUCAUUAAUUUUAACAUAAAUUAAAUCUAAUUAAUAUUAAUAAUAAUGACUUGAAAUUAAUUUUUUUUAAUGUAUUUAUCAGAAGAAGUGAGAAUACUUAGACGACGAGAGAAAAGAAAGAAAAAUACAAACAGAGAAGUAAGUUAAAGUUGUCCUAAAAAAUAUAAGCAACGCUUAUUUUUUGAAUUUAUAAAAAUAAGAAUAAAAUAAAGCAGCAAGAAAAUUAUAUUCAUAAAUUUUAACUCCCUUUCGAUGCAUCCACAUAUAUAUCGAAUAUUUCGUUUUUGAAAUUUUCAAAGACUACAAGGACUUACUUCCAUGCAUUUUCACAACGGUUAUUUGAUUGUAUUUUCGAAGUAUCAGAUAAUUUUCUGCGAUUAAAAGAUGACCAAAUAUCGUCCAGUAUCACAGCAAGUCUCCAGUGAUAAUCAUCAUUUUUACCACUGCUUUUACGAGGAAUCACUAUGAAUGCCAGAACUCAACUAUUUGAAUUAAGUAUGGAGGGCAGACAAGUGGAUGAAGCAGUAGCAAGUAUCUUCCACAGUGUUCUUUUCCAUCGAAGUCUUGGUAAAUUUAAAUACAAGCAAGAAGGUAGUUAUUCAGUGGGUACUGUGGGAUACCAAGAUGUUGACUGUGAUUUUAUUGAUUUUACUUAUGUCUGUUGUUCAUCUGUGCAUCUGGAUCAAACUUUGAAACGUGAAAUAUCAGGUUUUUCUGAAGCUUUGCGUUCUACUGAUAGUCCAGGUUCUGGCCAAAUAUCCUUGGAAUUCUUUCAAAAGAAAAAAAAUCGUUGGCCCUUCCAACCAGAAUGCAUACCUUGGGAAGUAUGGACAGUAAGAUUGGAACUUAUUAAAUUAGCAACAGAACAUGAGAGACAGAUAUGCAGAGAAAAAGUUGGAGAUUUAUUAACAGAUAAGAUUCUUUACAUAACAGAAGUAAUGAAUCGACAUGACUAUCUACCUAAAAUGCCAAAUCAAGCUGAAUUGGAUUUGAUUUUUGAUACAUCAUAUCCUGAUAUACAACCUUAUCUAUUUAAAUUAUCAUUUACAACUUCUAGCCCAUCAAGUACAACAAUGGGUAAUACAAUGAAAAAAUUAAUCAAAGAAACAUUAUCCAUUUAGUUGUUUAUUAAUUUUUAUGAGAAUUUUUUUAGUAAUGUAUAUAUAAUCCAAAUUCAU